AUGGUUCAACAUCACGAUACUCGAACAUCAUUCUCUCAUUCUAAAACAAUGCGAGAGGACUCUCAAAAAACGAAGAGUCAUCAUGAAGAGCACAGAUCGGUUUUAGUGAAAUUGGUGAAACAGUUUGGAAACAAACACAAAUUGCAAUUCUUUCCGAGAGAUCAUAUUGCCAGCAAUGAAAGUAAUCUUGUGUUGCCAUCUCCGUUGGUCGUGAUUUUGGGAUGGUAUGGAAGUAAAUUCAGAUUCGUUUCAAAAUAUGCAGAAAUUUAUAAUGCAUGGGGUUAUGACGUUUUGGCAUAUAUUCCCGACUCAUGGGAAUUGUUUGCAAAAUAUUACUCUGAAAAAGGUGUAAAAACAAUAUUGAAUAUCAUUGAGAAGGAUCAGAAAGAAACAGAAAGCGGUUUCAUGAUUCAUUCUUUUUCAAAUAAUGGAGGUAUUUUUGUUUCCAGAAUGAUGGAAAUAUUGGAAUCUUUGAGUAAUGAAUAUACUUUUGUAAAGAAGCAUUAUAGAGGUCUUAUUGCUGACUCAUUUCCUGGAGUGAAUACUGAAGAUUUGGGAGCUCUUGCUGUACUUGCAGGAUAUUCGUACGAUAGGAAAGCUGAAAAAAUUAUUUCAGACAAGACAAGCAUUGGAAUUGUUGGAAAAAUUAUGAGAUGGAUUAUUUAUUAUUUAUUCUACUUGUAUUAUUUUGUAUUUACAGGAUUAUUCAAAACAUUUUUUGAGACAUACUUGGCAGGUUUAAGAAAAAUUACUGCCGUUUUCGGGUGUAAUUCUCCCAUCUUGGUGAUUUAUGCAGAGCAAGACUUUAUUGUGCCUGCCAAACAGGUGCAUCAAUUUUGGUCGACAUUAAGUGACGCAAAAAACCUGAAAUUGAGCUGCUUUAAGGGCAAUAUUGAACACAUCAAAAUUUUCAUUGCAGAGCCAGAAAAAUAUCGAUCAGAGCUUGGCCAUUUCGCCUCUAAAAAUGUUCCACAUUCGAAAAAGUAG